AUGGCAGCAAUGCCGUCAUUCAAAAAUGCUCCUCGUCGCACUGUUGGAAAGAUGAAAAACAUACCCUCCCUUUCUUCAGCUCUUGUGGUUGUCUUCCUUUGCUUGUUGGCACCCAGCACCGAUGCUUUUGUGGUUAAGACCGAGCCUCACGAGGCAGCAAAGAACAAUUACAAAGAUACUGCUUUCUCCGCCGGCACCACGACUAGGGUCUCUGCAGUAGCUAGUGGAAGAGAACCAACCGUUACAGAAUGCUUUCCUGUGCAGCUCAAUGAAUUCUUCAAACAGCCAGUCCCCAAAACUCUCAAGCGAUCGGUCUCUUUAUACUACGAAGGAGAAACACCUGAAUCAGAUCUCGAUUCUGUCACUAUUCUGACCUCAGCUCCCAGCGUCCCAGGAUGUCCUAGACCCCUGUGGCUGGUCAUGCUGGCCAGCCUGCCAACAGGUCUUCUCUGGUAUGGCUAUUACAAGUUUGCAGUGGAAGAAGAAAUGCUGCAGAUGGAGCUGGAGAGGGGAAAUAUGCCUCGGGGAUUUGGAGGCUAUGGAACACUGGGGCCCUUUUCUUAUGGAAUGCUACUGGGGCCCAUGGCGGCCUUAUUUCAUGUGCCAGGAGGAUUGCAUUGGUCCAUUCUGGGAGUGGCUUUCAUUUACUACACACAGUUCUUGCUGUAUGAUCGAGUCAAUGAACUAUUCACAGACGAAGGCAAAGAAGCGCCAUUGAACGUGUGGUGGUGUCUACCAAUCUUCUUUCCUUUCAACAUCAUCGUCGGAUUGAGACAGGUACACUUCUUGUCACAAUACCUUUACGAAAAACGAGGCGCCAACCCACCACCAAAAGAUCCCGUUGCUGACUUCUUUCCAUUCAUUGGAGCUGAACCGUUCAGCUGGCAAGAGUUCCUCUUGACACCACGACUCUGGUGUCGACUGCUACAAGAUGUCGAGGGGGUUGACAACAACAAACUACCAGCCCCUAUUCGAGAAAUCUUGUCCAAGUAG